UUUGCUUAUUUUCGAAUAAAACACGGCUAGGGACAGAUUGCUACGAUUGUUCCGAUUUUGUCGAACAUUUUUCAGGUGGCAACCGGCCGGCGUAGACGCAUCUAGCCAUCUCAGUGAUCAUUGGCUAGCUUGAUUUCAUUUGCGACACAGACUCUUCGUCGAGCGCGAACAAUAUGAUGACCAGCAGUGAAACCUUGUCGGCUGAGUUAAUUUCCUUUUACCGGAAUACCCGCGAUGCGCAAACGAAUCAUGCAGAAAGUAAAAGGGAGGCGGAUUUACGGGCCCAGAUUGAACAGAAGCAAAACUUCCUGCAAAGUCUCAAGCGUCUCGUGGCGGGCAUGAACAAUCUGUACAUUGGGACCCAGGCUGGACAUGAAGACUCGGUGCGUGGAAGGGAGAUCAUCAGGGAGAGUAACGCUAUCGCACAGCGCUUGAUCGAAAAUUACAAUAGCCAGCAGGCGUUGGCAAUGCAGAGGCGAACGAACUGGCUGCUCAGUGCUUACGGCGGCAAUUCAGAACUGCGUGCUAAGCAAAAGAUGGAAAGCAUGCGAAAAGUCCUGCGCGUACAGGAACAGGUAAUUGCUGAGCUGCGUAGCUCUCGUCGCAUGAUGGAGGUGGAGAAGGACAAGCAAACGGCCCUCACGCUAGAGCGGGAGGUAGCGGACAUUGGACGGGACAUUGACCGUUCUUGCCAGGAGUACAGACAGGAGGAGGAUCGCAUUUGUCGUACACUGGCGGACCUCGGUGCGUCGAUCGGCGAGAAGCUUCUUCGCCGGCAGGAGAUGAACGGGAUACAAAGCGACCCGAAGCUACGGCAACAAAAGCAACAACAGCAGCACCAGCAACUGGAGAAUGGUGGCUGUGUCGAUGAGGAUUUCACUGAGGCCAUCGUCAAUACGCACGAUGGGGAGGAUGCGUCGCUACGGCACGAGGGCGAUGUGUCGCUCAUGUUGCUAAACGAGUCGACGAGCAAGUAUUCGUUCGAGUUGGAAUUCAAAAACCCAAACGAUUUCCCCGAUCUACUGAAAAUCAUGGAGCCGGCCAACACCAGUUACGAAAAGUUGGUGAAAAAGUGCCAGCAAUCGGUGGACACGGCCCAGAAGCGUAAGAAGAAACAUCAGUCCAAAAAGCAGUCACGGAACGGUAGUCAGCAAGAGCCGACUGAUGAAACUCUGAGGAAAAAGCAGAAACAAACCGUUUGCAAAGUCACUCCACCCAAAGUUGCACCCGGAGAAGUCCUAGCGGGGAAGAAUGACCAAGAAAAUCAAUGUCCGCUCUCGGGCGAGCAGAUUGCCUUUCCUCAUCACAAUCCAGCGAAUAGGUCAAAUAGAUUGGCCAAAACUCAGGCUUCAAAUGCUGGGCAACACCAGCAACAGCAGUACCAACGUACGUUGCGCAAACGUAAAGCAUUAGAACCAGCUUCAGAGGUACCGGAAGCGGGCCAAAUCGCUGGAAAGGAACCCAAGCAGGCGGGGCCUCCUGCGAUCAUUACUGCUGACCCCGAAAGCAUAUUCAAGGAACCGUUACCGGUUGCAUCUUUUACUGCCAGCGGCUCGAAACGAAAGCCAAAAUCACAAACGGAGGUACCACCGAAAGCUCCCAUUAAGAGAUCCACACCGGUUGAGGAGGUUAUCACGCCGAAGCGACCGAUGAAACCCCCCAGCAGUGUGGCCAAGAUGGACUUUUUGAGCCCGACCAGAGCUUCAUCGAGCCAAUCAGCAGCUAAAGGUACAUCGAACGGGGCCAAGGUUCAGGAAGGUGACAUCUUAAGCCCUGAGAAUGCGCCAUCCAAGAACACAUCAUCGAACUCUCCACCAGAGAAUGCGCUGGAAACUGAUGACCAUCAUUCGAUGGAAGAAACACAAAACAGCAACAACAGCAGCAUCAUGAUGGUGGAGUCCACGAGCAGCAGUUCCAUGGAUUAUUUGCUCACCAGUCCAAGUGCUGAGUUUGAUCUUAACCUAUCACCGGAACAAUCGGACACCUUCGACAAUGAUUUGGACUUUCUGAAUGAUUUCGAUUCCAACCAAUGUGCCGCCGCCAGCACCGCAGGAAGAAAAGGAACUGGCGGGACUCGAAAGCCGAAUGACCGCAACGAACAGGCCGAGCCGGAUGGUUUUGAUUUCGCUUUCGACGAUGGUUUGUCCUCUGAGCAGUUGAAUCAGCGGGAGGAUCUGUUUUAAGUGGGGGGACAGGAGAGAUCACCAUUCGCCGCUGAACCUUGUAUAAGCGAUGGAUUUUAUACAACAGUCCGGUUUCAUGCCGCAACGACUCAUCCUCCAUUCCUACAAUUUUCUCUGCCCCAACUAGUAUCUACAGUUGGAAGAUGGGAUGCGAGAGAAUUAGAAUGGUGGAACAUUCGUAAAUGAACUCCUUUUAAGUGAAUUAACCAGUUACGUUUACCGCCAGACAGGUAUUCUCCGCUUCCAAUGCGACCAUUUCUCAAUCUUCAGUACUCCCUCUUCCUCCUCCUGCUCCGAGGGUUUUCUAAUUUCAAAUAAAUACCUAGUUUAUUUCUGUUUUGAAC